ACCAAAUAUACUGCAAAUACUGCCUCUAACUAAACCGUUCUAUCUGUUUUGGAGUUGGAGUAGGAUUAAUGUGGGGAACGCGCAAGAGGCAGGCGACGCCGAAAAGCCAUAUCAGCCAUCAAAAGGCCAGCUCACAACUCAAAUACCUUUGACCAGCAGAAACCACACAGUAUCAACUACUUCUUCAUUCUACAUCUCGAAAAUGGCUAACCGUGGCAAAAGCCAUGACUCCAAAGUCUACUCCAUCGAGGAUCUCGAGCGCCUCGGGUCCGAGAGGAUGCACAAGGCGUACAGAGAAUAUUACAAUGAAGGCGCAAUGGAUCUCAUCACCCUGCGAGACAACAAAUCCGCAUACAACAGAUACCUCAUACGCCCCCGUGUGCUCCGCAAUGUCUCAGCUAUCGAUACAUCGACGAAUAUUCUAGGGACAAAAGUGAGGUUCCCCUUUGGACUGUCGCCGACCGCCAUGCAAGCCCUAGCCCACCGGGACGGGGAGGUAGCCACGUCCAGGGCAGCGGCUGCGAAUGGAAUUCUGAUGGGCUUGUCGAACUAUUCCACCAUUGCGUUGGAGGAUGUAAUUGAACAGGGGAAGGGGAAUCCCUACGCCAUGCAGUUGAGUUUGCUCAAGAAUAAGGAUGCUAUGGUGCGGAUGAUUAAGAGGGCUGAGGCUGCUGGAUUCAAAGCCCUCUUCGUUACGCUGGAUGCGCCCUACCUCGGCCGCAGAUUGAACGAGUAUAGAAACAGUUUCGGCGUGCCCAAGGGCAUGGAGUACCCUAACUUGUUUCCCGGGGUGGACGUCAGUAACCUAGAGGACGGCGACGAGUCAAUGGCUUAUGACACCGCAAUGGAAUGGCCACAACUUCUCCCCUUCUUCCGCCAACACACCAAGAUGCAAAUAUGGGGGAAAGGCAUAUACACCGCCGCCGACGCCGAACUCGCCAUCAAAUACGGCCUCGACGGCAUCAUCAUCUCCAACCACGGCGGCCGCCAGCUCGACUCAGUUCCCUCAUCACUUGAUGUCCUUCGCGAGGUUGUACCCAUAGCGAAGGGCAAGAUACCGAUUGCUGUCGACGGCGGGAUCCGACGCGGUACGGACAUCUUCAAGGCGCUCGCCCUAGGUGCUGAUUUCUGUCUUGCUGGGAGGCCUGCUAUCUGGGGGUUGGGUUACAAUGGACAGUCGGGUGUAAACCUCGCCAUUAAUCUGCUCUAUGACGAAUUCAAGACUUGCAUGGCGCUUUCUGGGUGCAAGAAUAUCUCUGAGAUCAGCCGCGAGCAUAUCUCGCUUCUGCAGCAGGAUGGGCGACUGUUGAAGCUUUAGCCUUCUAUAGCUGGUUAGUCCAAGUAAUAAAUCUCCAUAAUGAUCUACUGUUUUCGUAGGAAGGCGACAGCGAGCGUACCGGAG